AUGGCUGCCAUGGCGCCCCAAGCAGACGCCUCCAUUGCGAAAACUGGUGCGGAAGUCAAGCUGAGACGAAAGAUCGAUUUCACCAUCCUACCAAUGCUCAUGCUCGGCCUCUUCGCCCUCCAACUGGACAGAGGAAACGUGGGCUACGCAAUGACAACAUCCUUCACUGACGAUCUCGGCAUAAACAACGACAACGUCAACACCGGAAACCAACUCAUGCUCGCAGCCGUCGUGGUGUUCGAAAUACCCUUUAACAUGGUCCUAUCAAAAAUCGGACCAGCGCUUUGGCUCAUCAUCCAGAUUUUGGCUUGGGGAACAAUCGCAACGGCGCAAGCAGCUGUUCACAAUAAACCGGGUUUCUACGCUACGCGAUUCCUGCUGGGGAUGUGGGAAGCUGGAUAUCUAGCUGCUGCGCUAACAAUUCUUGCUUCGUUUUAUACGAGGAAGGAGAUGGCGAUGAGGGCUACACUGGUGUAUGUUGGGAAUUAUUGCUCUGCGGGCGUGAGUGGACUUCUUGCGGGGUUGAUCUUCAGAAUUCCGGAGACGAGUGGUUUGAAGAAAUGGCAGUGGCUUUUCAUCAUCGAUGGUCUCUUCACGCUGGUCGUUGCCUUUGUUUUCAUCUUGAUCAUGCCUCGUUCGACGACCAACACGCUUCCAUUGGCGGGCGUCAAGUGGUUCGACCUUUUCACGGCUGAAGAGAGGGACAUCCUGGCUAAGCGCGUCAUUCUCGACGAUCCACGCAAGGAGGUAAAGCUUUCUGGAAUCAGUCCCAAGACCGCACUGCGCAUCCUCUUGACCAGCUUUCCGAUGUGGGGUCAUUUUGGCAUCAAUGCUAUUUCCAUCACGCCCAAAGGAGGGUUAGUUUUCUACACGCCCACCAUCAUCAAGAACCUUGGUUUCGGGGCAUCUACUGCGAGCUUUCUCGCAGCCGUUAGUAACUUUGGGGUGUGUAUCUUGGCCAUUCUCGUAUCGUGGGUUAGCGAUAAGACCUUAUCUCGAGGACCUUUAUGCUUACUUUGCGGCGUGUACUCACUGGUCUUCUCGGGAGUUCAAUUCGCUGUUGUUGGGAGCUCCGACGUUUGGAUGAAGUACGCUAUACUCACACUUCUGGGCUCCGGAGUGGCAGUAUCUCAGAGUCUCAAUGAUGCGUGGUUUAGUACCAACACUGAAGAUCCGCAGGUCCGUUGCAUCGGACUUGCGCUGGCUGUUGCAGGGUCAAACGUGGGAGGGUUAGCCGGGCAGAAUAUCUUUGUGAAGAGUGAUGCGCCAUACUAUCGCAACGGGUUUCUGAAGAUAUUGUGUCUCUAUGCGGCUAGUAUUGUGCUUGUCGCUGGGAUGAUAUUUUACUACUGGAAUGACAACAGGAGGAUGGAAAAGUCAGGAGAGCUUGAAGAUGCUGCAGAAACAGAAGCCUCUGGUGGAGUAAAGAAGAGAAGGGUGAGGAACCAGUUGUAA